GCACCUACGUCCGGGAUGCCAAGGCCAUGGCGGCGACGCUGGCUGACGUCAAGGAGUACCCGAAUUCCUACACCUUCAUCGUCGACAUGCCGGGGCUGAGGUCCGGCGACAUCAAGGUUCAGGUGGAGGACGGCAAUGUGCUGGUGAUCAGCGGAGAGAGGAAGCGAGAGGAGGAGAAGGAAGGUGCCAAGUACGUAAGAAUGGAGAGGAGAGUGGGGAAGUUUAUGAGGAAGUUCGUGUUGCCGGAGAAUGCGAAUACUGAUAAGAUCUCUGCUGUAUGUCAAGAUGGGGUGUUGACCGUCACCGUCGAGAAGCUGCCACCGCCGGAACCCAAGAAGCCCAAGACCAUUGAGGUCAAAAUUGCUUGAAAUGUAGGGGGUUUUGGGAGGGUUUUUCUGGAGUUUUAGUAGUAAAUAAUGUGGUAAUGUUGCUGUGCCACAGGAGCCUUUGUCUGGGUUUGAUCUUGGGUCAAUGGCUUGGGGUGAUGAAAAUACUGAUCUCUUCAUUACAGUAUAAUGUAUAGUUUUGAUUUUUCAGUACCGUCAAUAAAGUCUGCCUUUUCUCUUCC